CCCUCCCACCCUGAUACCAGAUAAGGCCAGCCUGGGACUGCUUCAUCUGGCAGUAGGCACUGGGUUGGAAUGGGGCUGCCUGGCUCCCUAUGGCAGUGGGUACUGCUGCUGCUGGGGCUGCUGCUCCCCCCUGCCGCCCCCUUCUGGCUCUUCAAUGUGCUCUUCCCCCCGCAUACCACGCCCAAGGCUGAACUCAGUAACCACACACCGCCCGUCAUUCUCGUGCCCACAGUGCCUGGCUGCCUGGGGAACCAGCUAGAAGCCAAGCUGGACAAGCCGGAUGUGGUGAACUGGAUGUGCUACCGCAAGACAGAGGACUUCUUUACCAUCUGGCUGGAUCUCAAUAUGUUUCUACCCCUUGGGGUGGACUGCUGGAUUGAUAACACCAGGGUUGUCUACAAUCGCAGUUCUGGACGUGUUUCCAAUGCCCCUGGUGUACAAAUCCGGGUGCCUGGCUUUGGCAAGACCUACUCUGUUGAGUACUUAGACAAAAACAAGCUAGCAGGGUACAUGCACACACUGGUGCAGAAUCUGGUCAACAAUGGCUAUGUGCGGGAUGAGACAGUGCGGGCUGCCCCUUACGACUGGCGGCUGGAGCCUGGCCAGCAGGAGGAGUAUUAUGGGAAGCUGGCGGGGCUCGUGGAGGAGAUGCACGCUACCUAUGGGAAGCCUGUCUUCCUCAUUGGACACAGCCUUGGCUGUCUGCACUUGCUGUAUUUCUUGUUGCGUCAGCCUCAGUCCUGGAAAGACCGCUUCAUUGAUGGUUUCAUCUCUCUGGGAGCUCCUUGGGGUGGCUCUAUCAAGCCCAUGUUGGUCUUGGCCUCAGGCGACAACCAGGGCAUUCCGAUCAUGUCCAGCAUCAAACUGAGAGAAGAGCAGCGAAUGACGACAACUUCACCCUGGAUGUUUCCUGCCCACCAGGUGUGGCCUGAGGAUCACGUGUUCAUUUCCACGCCAAGCUUCAACUACACAGGCCGUGACUUCCAGCGCUUCUUUGCUGACCUGCACUUUGAAGAAGGCUGGUACAUGUGGCUUCAGUCACGUGACUUGCUGGCAGGGCUCCCAGCACCUGGUGUAGAAGUAUACUGUCUGUACGGUGUGGGCCUGCCCACACCCCGCACCUACAUUUAUGACCAUGGUUUUCCUUACACAGACCCUGUGGCUUUGCUCUAUGAGGAUGGUGAUGACACAGUAGCUACACGCAGCAUGGAGCUCUGUGGCCAGUGGCAGGGCCGCCAACCACAGCCUGUACACCUGUUGCCCCUGAAUGGGACGCAGCACCUCAACAUGGUCUUCAGCAACAAGACACUAGAGCACAUCAAUGCCAUCCUGCUGGGUGCCUACCGCAGUGACACUCAUGCUCCCUGAAUAAAGACCUUAACUGCAUGAACCUUGUGUGCUGUAGAUUAAGAGAGGCACUACUAGGGGCCCUGUACAAAGAUUCAUGUAUCACCAGCCACAGGCCCAGUGUUCGGUGGAGCAUACAGCAAGAUGGGCCCUGCUAAAGCCUGAAGCUGAACUGGAUACCCUGAGAUUCAUGACUUCCUAUUUUUCUAGGUGAGCUGUUCAAGGAGCUUGCCCUGUGUUUGGCUCUGUGCUGGGCACUAGGACUAGAGCCAGCUGUAUUCAAACAGCUAUAGGGGCAGAGAAAAAGGAUGAUCUGAGUUUAUUUUCCCUGGUCCAGGAAGGGAAGGUGAGAUGGCCUGUUGAGUGCUGGUGAGUAAUCUGUAAAGAGUUUAGAGCAGGGCGCCAGUGUCUCACGCCUGUAAUCCUAGCUACUCAGGAGGCUGAGAUCUGAGGCUCAUGUUUCAAAGCCAGCCUGGGCAGG